AUUUCCUGCACAAAAACACAAGAAAAGCCCAACAAAAGCUACUCUGUCGUUCCAUUCUUGAUUCUCCAGCCUCCGAACUAUAACAAACAAAUGUAUAGUUUAUACAUAUACAAGUGUAUGUAUUUGUUGUAGACGCAAAUAUAUCCAUCUUCGAUAUAUACUACUAAUAUUCAGUUGUUUUGGCUCAAAAUUAGACCCUCCAAAUCUCAACCAUGGCUGUGGAUAUUCGAACCUUGCAAAACAUGUAUAUUGAUUCCUGUGGCAGGCAUGCAGUCCUACCUAAUACUGCAGUUUUAUCUGGUUUAUUCAAGGCUGAGGUUAAGAAGUCUUGCAAUGAACUAUGUAGCCUAGAGAUAUUCUUGGACCAACUUAAAGAUAUUGAUUUUCCUCCUCUUCUUGAUUUAUGUGUGUCGAUUGAGACAUCUGAGAUUGAAGCUAUUGACAUACAUAAUGGAUCAUCACGAGUGUUGAAUGGAGAAUAUGCUUUAUCUUUGAUGCGUGCUUUCAAUCAAAAGCUUCGAGUAGUAGAUCUUCAGGAUUCAUUAUAUGGAAAAGACUUCUUGAGGGAGCUUUCACAAGGAGGGUUGACUUGUGAAGUUUUAAACUUGAGGUCUUCACGGUUUCGGAAGCUCAACAUGACAGGGGAAUUCGUUCGCAUACGCACCCUUAAUCUUGAUUUUAAUACUUCACUUACUAGCUUCCGGGAGAAUUGUUUUACUUGCAUGCCCAAUCUAAUUUGCCUCUCAAUGUGUGCAACAAGAGUUGUGAACCUGUGGACAACUGUUGCAGCACUUUCUAAACUCUCUUCUUUGGUGGAGCUAAGGUUUCAGAAAUGGUUGUGUUGUAAUGAGACUGGAUCUUCUUCAGCACCAUCUGGUGGCAAGUUCGAUGAUCAAUGUGAACUUGGUCAACAGAACAGUUCCAACAAUGACCCACCAUCCCUUAAUAUCAGCGAACAUGCAGAUAUUAGCUCAGGUGCAGAAGAGGCUCUAAUCAAUAUGUUCUCUUUUAAUGAUGUAGCUAUACAUCCGGAAGUACAAAGCAUGGUAGGAGAUUCAUCAGAUGAUAGUGAAGUGGAUUUUUCAACUCAUUGGCAAGAAUUUGAUUAUAUGAACUCAUUGUCCAAUGCAUCUCCUGGGUGGGAUAGCCAGGUCAAUCUGCAGGAUGAGGUAUCCUUUGGCACUAUGUGCAAUCACAGUGAAGAGUCCUCAGCAGGUGCUUUCACAAGGCAUAUUGCAGAUCUUGCUUUGAAGUAUAUUUCUUGUCAUGCCUCACCAAUAUGCUACGAGAAACAUUAUAGAGAAUACAUGAUAGCGUCAUUGCCCCAUUUGAAAACUUUGGAUAACUUGCCUAUCAGAAAGAUUGACAAGGAAAGGGCCGCUGUUACAUUUUCGCAGCACUUUGAGUACUUACCAUACAAACAGAAACAUAGAGAAAGCGUUGUAGAUAUCUUGUAUAAGCGUGAAAUAAAAGAAAGUCGCUCUCGUCUGAAGAAUAAAGAUCAUAAGCCUUCAUAUCCUUGCAGAAAUUCACCAUACUCCUACACCAGGUCCUUUUGUGCUGCCAAAGUUGGUUCUUCAGCUUGGCCUCUUCUGCAUGCACUUUCUGUAUCAGGAUCUGAUUCCGGGGCUGGAAGGAGGAGCUUUCGUCCUAGACAGUUUGAGUAUAAUCCAUCUAUCUCUAGUCUAUUAGUAUUUGGAACUUUAGAUGGUGAAGUAGUUGUGGUUAAUCAUGAGAAUGAGAAAAUAGUAAGUUAUGUUCCCUCACUUGGAGCAAUGAACAGUGUUCUGGGGCUAUGCUGGCUCAAGAAGCAUCCAUAUAAGCUAAUAGCUGGUUCUGAUAAUGGUUCGCUAAAAUUAUAUGAUGUUGAACAUGUGCCCCCAACAGUUACAGGCACAUAUUCAGGUGCUGGCUCAGUCACCUUUGAUGAUUUUGAGCAACUGACUUCUGUCCAUGUUAAUACUACUGAUGAGCUAUUUCUUGCAAGUGGAUACUCAAAAAAUGUUGCUCUAUAUGACAUCAACUGUGGAAGGCGAAUACAGAUGUUCACCGACAUGCACAGGGAACAUAUCAAUGUUGUUAAGUUCUCAAAUCAUUCUCCAUCGGUUUUUGCUACUUCUUCAUUUGAUCGGGAUGUAAAACUAUGGGACUUAAGACAGAAACCAAUACAGCCUUGCUAUACCACUUCAAGCUCUAGAGGAAAUGUGAUGGUUUGCUUCUCUCCAGAUGAUCACUAUCUUCUUGUAUCUGCCGUUGACAACGAGGUUCGACAACUUUUGGCUGUUGAUGGGAGGCUACACAUGAAUUUUGAGAUAUCAUCAACUGGAAGUUCACAGAAUUACACUCGCUCCUACUACAUGAAUGGAAGGGAUUAUAUUAUAAGUGGGAGUUGUGAUGAACAUCUGGUCCGUGUCUGCUGUGCUCAAACUGGAAGGCGUCUCAAAGACAUAUCUUUGGAGGGGAGAGGCUCAGGGAAUUCAAUGUAUGUGCAGUCUUUGAGGGGUGAUCCUUUUCAGGAUUUCAACAUGAGCAUCUUGGCAGCCUAUAUGCGUCCGAACUCGAAGUAUGAAAUUGUGAAGGUCAAUUUGCUUGCAUCUUGUGACCGCUAUAGAGAAAGCUCUCACAGCCAACAUUCUCAACCAUCCAAUAGUAUGGGAGGUUGAUAUGUAUGCGUGAUUGUGUAUGUGUAAUAAUAAAUUGUAAUUGCAUGUAACUUUGAAUACUGAUUAUCCAAUCUUGUAUUUAUGUGCUUUAUUCAAGUGUAAAUAAUUUAUUCAGGUAAAAAAUGUUCAGUAAGUUUAGAGGAAAA